AUGUUUUCGGCGUCGUACGCGGCGCGGCAGGCCGUCUGUUCUCCCGGCGGCGGCUUCUUAGCCGUUCUCCGGUACGACACGAACGUUCUCUACACGUACGCGCUUCCGCUCGCAGGAACCGCGCUCCCGCCGCCGCUAUCGACAACAGUGCUGACGUCAGGCACACCCGGAUCGCUCGGAGUGGAUCCGCAGAAUAAGAACGUUCUGGUUACCAGCGCCGCGAAUUACGGCGGCACGUCUACGCUCAUGGCGUCCCGAGGCGCGACCUUUUUGGGAACUAUGGACGCGAUAGAUUUCACGGAGACGGGAGGAUGCGCCUCGGCGGCGUACGUGGGCUCCUUUCAAUACUCCACCGCCGCAUCUGACGGAGCUCGCGGUCCCGCCGAAACCGCCGCCGCCAUCUCCCCCGCCAAAGCCUCCUCCAAGUCCGCCUCCUCCUCCGAAACCGCCUUCCCCGCCGCCACCGCCCAAGCCGCCGAGCCCGCCGCCAAAUCCGCCGCCGCCAUCUCCGCCGCCGAAGCCGCCUCCCACUCCGCCCAAACCACCUCCCCCGCGACCCCCCCCUCCGCCCAGUCCCCCGUCUCCCCCGUCUCCCCCCGCCACCACUGGAAUGGUGACAGAUCAAUCCGCCACCACCGUUUCUUCCCCGCCCCCUCCGCUCGUCGCUUCCUCUCCGCCUCCGCUUGUCUCGUCCCCGCCCCCUCCGCUCGUCUCUUCCCCGCCCCCUACGGUCGUCGCUUCCCCGCCCCCUACGGUCGUCGCUUCCCCGCCCCCUACGGUUGUUGCUUCCCCGCCCCCUCCGCUCGUCGCUUCCCCGCCCCCUCUGAUCGUCGCUUCCCCGCCUCCACUUGUCGCUUCCCCCCCUCCAGCUGUCGCGUCGCCCCCUCCGCUCGUCGCUUUCUCGCCUCCACUUGUCGUGUCGCCCCCUCCGCGCGUCGCUUCCCCGCCGCCACUUGUCGCGUCUCCCCCUCCGCUGGUAUCCUCCCCUCCACCUCCCAACCCUCCGCUCCCGCCAUCUCCGCCUCCUCCACCGCAACCCCCAAGUCCUCCGCCCCCGUCUCCCCCUCCCUCACCACCUCCCACCCCCCUUCUUCCUCUUCCCCUUGUCAGCUCUCCGCCUCCCCCUGUGUAUUCUCCGCCACCCCCUGUGGAUUCCCCCCCUCCUCCGUUGCCCCCCCUUGGGCUAGCGGUCUCGAGCACUCUCUCCCCGCCUCCCCCAGUACGAGCCCGCCUCCACCAGUCGCCGUUACCGUUCUAAGCAGCCCGCCUCGACCAGUCGCUGUACCCGCUAAAAGCAGCCCGCCUCCGCCCGUCCUGCCUUCCGCGUCCGGCGUUCUCUCCCCGCCAGGCGCCAAGGAAGCUUCCGCGGACCUUUCCGUUGGAGCCGACCCAGAUCCUUCCGCCACUGCGCGUUCGCCGCCGCCAUCCCCAGUUGCCGCCUCUCCGCCACCCCCCCGUUCCCCUCCGCCGCGUCCGCCUCCCCCUAUCAAAGCCCCUGUUAAGAAGCCGAAGAAAAAGCCGCCUCCCAAGAAGAAGAAAAAGUCAAUGUCCAAGAGCGGGAGCGGAGGUGGAGGGGCGACCUCAUCCUCGCUAUCAGCUGAUGUGUUUGGCGCGUCAGGCGCCGCGACGUGCAAGCUGGGGGUGCGGCAGAAGUGCUUGACGCGGCUCGUGUGCCAAGACGCGCUGGACGUGGGAGGGUGCUCGUGCCUUCGCGAAGCUGGUUCGCCGUCGUGCACGAUUACCCGCAAGUGCAUGGUGCCGGCAGCAUGCCCCGUUGAAGCGCUCUGCACAUCUCCCGCCGAUGGCUCGCCCCCAACCUGCUCCUGUCCGGCGGGCUUUGCACCGCUCAAGGCAGCCGUUGAGGACACUGCGUUUGACUUCUGCGCUCGCACACGCUGCAGCAGCUCCCUCGCGUUCAUUGGAUUCGACUGUGCGUUCUUCAUGCCGUCCCAUGUCCCUCCACGCACUCUUCUGUGCCCCUCCCAGCGGCUUUCCAUAGUCCUCUUUCUGCUGUUCUGA